GGUCCCGCCUGUUAGUCACCAUGUCUGCUAGAAUUUUAAAAAAUAGUGUUUCAUAUAUUCAUGGUUUAUCUGUACAUAAUGAAACUAGGGAGCUCCUCGCUGGAGUUUUGGAAGGAAGCAGAGCUCAUCUAGCCAGAGCAAUCACUCUUAUCGAGACUAAACACCCAGGGAAGCACCAGCAAGCUCAAUGGCUCCUGACGUCUCUUCUCUCUCACAGAAAUAAAUUAAAGAAAUCGAAUAAACUUAGAGAUACAUUUAGGAUAGGUUUUUCGGGUUCUCCUGGAGCUGGUAAAUCAACACUGAUCGAAACGUUAGGCAAAUCUUUAACUGGUUUGGAUCACAGAGUUGCUGUUUUGGCAGUAGAUCCUUCCUCUUCAAGAACUGGCGGGUCUAUUCUUGGGGAUAAGACUCGAAUGCCUAAACUAUCCUCUGAUCCAAAUGCCUUCAUACGCCCAUCACCCUCUGGAGGCACACUAGGAGGUGUCACCAGGAAUACACAGGAGGCUAUACUCCUUUGUGAAGGUGCCGGCUAUGACGUCAUCAUAGUGGAGACAGUGGGAGUCGGUCAGUCUGAGACUGUAGUAGCUGAUAUGGUGGACAUGUUUGUGUUGCUGGUUCCUCCAGCAGCUGGUGACGAGCUGCAGGGUCUAAAGAAAGGCAUAGUUGAAUUGGCAGAUUUGGUUUUAGUGACAAAAGCUGAUGGAGAUCUAUUGCCAGCUGCUCGUAGGAUUCAAACAGAGUACUCAAGUGCUUUAAGACUUGUUAGGAGAGCAUUGAAUUAUCCAUGGAAACCACGUGUGUUAAGAGUUUCCUCUUUCACUAAUGAAGGAGUUAAUGAAGCUUGGGAGACAAUGACAGAAUAUAAAGAAACACUUUUAGAGAAGGAUCUUUUUAAUGAAAAGAGAAUGUUACAGCAGAAGACCUGGCUAUGGUAUCACAUACAAUGGCAGCUGAUGGAAAGGUUUCAUUCUGAUCCAGUAGUUAAUGAUCAUUUAAAGGAUCAAGAGGAAAGUGUCAUGGCAGGUCGGCUCACUCCUGGAACAGCUGCUGACAAUCUUAUCAAAUUUUUUAUAAAACAAUAAACAACAAAAAAUGACAAAAAACAAUAAACAACAAAAAAAUGACACGCAACAGUAAACAAUGUAAUGACAGGAAUAGGAGUUGACUAUUAAGUA